CACACUGGGGCUGGAGACUGAAGUGGGGAGGACUUUCGGGGAGGGAAGAGGACGUUAUUACUUCAAGUUUGCACUGGAACCAACAUUUUCCCUUCCCCGGGGAAACGAAGUUUGCUCAAGGAGCAGCUGAACCUGCGCCCUGACUCCAAAAAGACAAAAAAAAGAGAGUAAAAACAAGAAGAGUGUUUUCCUUUCAGAAGAAUGUCAGGCAGCACCUUAGUCAGGGUGCUUGUUGCUCUGUGUAUCGGGAGUGCGGUGAACUGCAUGCCCAAAGGGACGCAGAGGAACCGGCGACAAUCUCAGCAGCAUCAGGUCUCAUCAGUGUCUCAGGGUGAGUUUGAUUUUUACACCUAAAAAAAUCAGGAUGUUAGAGAUGAUGUCAGGAACAGGGAACUCUGUCAUAUGUUGGGCAGAAGUUCCGAUUCUUUGGGGGAGAAAGUGCAGAGUUUUAACAACCUUUUUAAUAGAUAAUUAUUUCUCUCUGUUUGCUGAUGUAAGACUAAAGAUAAAAGCAGACAUCCUUUUUCUGUUAACGCCUCAGAACUCAAAGCUGCUGUGGUUUUGAUUUGGAGUCUUUAACCCCAGCAUCAGUUUGGUCUCAUACAUUUCUGCUUCUGAUCAAAGCUUCAUGGAACAAAGAAAUAAAACUUUUGGAAAAACAAAAGUGAAUUAAAAGUCUUGAGAUCUGAACAAAGAAAGUUUCCGUCUGGUGGGAGAGAGAGAGAAAACAGUGUGGAGAGUCUGCAGCUGAUUUACUGCUCAGUCUGAGGAUCUUUGAAGUGAAUUUUACACAUUUACAGUCAGUUUCACAGACAUGAGUGAAGUCCUGACCCACAAUACCAUGUUUAUUCAGUGGUAAAGCUUCGGUCUUUGGUCUUAGGUCACUUCUUUAACAUUAAAACAGACGGUGUAGCAAUUCUUUACAGUUACUCUCAGAACUCCUUUAGUUCUGACACUGUACUGUGUUUGUGUGUGUGUGUGUGUGUUUUACAGUGGAUUUCUCUUGUGUUGUUUCUGCUAUCAGAUGGUUGCAUAGAGAACGGUCAGUUCUAUGGUAUUAACAACCAGUGGGAAAGACCAUAUUUGGGCAGCACCCUGAUCUGUACCUGCCAUGGAGUUGCUGGCAUUAAGUGCAAAAGCAAACCUGAAGGUAAGUGUGUGUGUGUGUGUGUGUGUGUGUGUGUGUGUGUGUGUGUGUGCGUGCGUGUGUGUGUGCGUGUGUUUGUGUCUGUGUAUUUUUGCAUCUUCACCUAUGUAACCUCCUUUUUGACACGUGUCUCACUAAAGCAGAGGAAAGGUGCUUCGAUAAGGUCAACCAGCAGUACUACACUGUGGGUGAAACCUAUGAGAGACCGAAGGACGGCAUGAUCUGGGACUGUACCUGUAUCGGCUCUGGGAGGGGCAAGAUCAGCUGCACCAUUGCCAGUAAGUUGUUUUUGUUUUCUCUGCUUCAUUAACUGUUUUAAUCCCAGAACACUCGUCCUAGUUCACAUGUCUCUGUGUAUUUCCUGGUUUCACAGUAAACUGCUUCAUCUCCAUAGUCUCCACAGCUGGUUAGCAGCUAGUGAAGGACAGCUGUGAGCAGUUAGCUGGUGAAAAUGAAUAAUAGGAGAAAUGUCUGAGGGUUUUUUUCCUUUCCUUCAAACCCUUAAAUGCACAUUUAUCCCUCUCAAAACCCCUUUUCUCUUUGUCUUCCCAGACCGCUGUCAUGAGGGAGGGGCUUCGUAUAAGAUUGGUGACACCUGGAGGAGACCCCAUGAGACAGGAGGUUACAUGUUGGAGUGUGUCUGUCUGGGUAAUGGAAAGGGAGAAUGGACCUGCAAACCAGUCGGUGAGUCACUGUGACAGCUAAGGUUCAACAGACGACUGUUUAAGACGAGCAGACGAGAAAAAUGUCUGAACUUUUAUAAAAACACCAGAAUAAUUCAGGAUGAUAGAUUAUCAUUAUGUUUUCUUAAGGAAAUGUCUGUUUAAUGCGAAACACUUUGACAUGAGUGACUGUGUGCUGCAGCUGAGCGUUGCUAUGACAACUCUGCGGGAACAUCAUAUGUUGUUGGAGAGACAUAUGAGAAGCCGUACCAGGGAUGGAUGAUGAUUGACUGCACCUGUCUGGGAGAAGGAAGUGGACGAAUCACAUGCACCUCCAGAAGUAAGACGCCAUGUUUGUUUUUUAAGUCCGACUAUGAGCCGCCCUUUUCUUUACCUUUAGUGUCCAUCAUGUCUGUUCCACAAAACCUGGUCCCUAAAGAACAUUCUCAUGAUAAAUAAUGUUGGGGUUAAAAAAAACAUGUAUGUGAAGUGACUCUAUUAUUUAUUCCAUUUAAAAGUACGAAACUGUUCUUUUUUGUCUUUGUAUUGUCGAGUUCUACAAAUGUCACUUUACCUGAACACAGAUUUGGAAAACUGGGUCAUCUAAGGCGACAGAAAUCAAGCUGGUCAGCAGCUCUGAUGUCAAUACUCUGAUCGAUCUUUUGGAAAGUGUCUUGGGAAAACGAUGGUUGUGAUUUGGCGCUACAAAAGUAAAACCUGAUUGAUUGAUUGUCAUCGUCGGUGAAGAUAGAAACUCUCUCUGGAUGUUUUAAGUGAAUGCAGUCUGUGAUUUGUUGAAGCGUUUGAACAGGCUGUAAAUAAAAGGGUUCCCAGUUGUGUUUCCUGUUAGAACCGUUUCCUAAACUCCUUCAUGAUGUUUUUAAAUUAACGUCAUUCACCGUCGACUCUUCGUUGCUUGUAAGACUUCAGGGUGGCCGUGGACAUUUUAGUCCUGGAGGUUCAUCGACGCGUUUUCAUGGAGCAAAUGUUUAAAAAGUUUUCAACAGAGUCAAACUGAACAAACAUACAAACAGCUGGUGGUCAGGAGGAGGCGCUGCAGAGAUCUGCACAAUAAACAAAUCAAACUUUUAUUAGUCCUCUCAGACAAAGCUGUUCUGUUGAAUGAAGAGAUAAAUUACAGUUUUAUGUUGUUGUUGCUUGGACUCCGAUCAGAUCUUGUGAAAAGCAUCAAGAAGUCGCCGUAGAGACUUCUUGAACAACCUUUGAAUAACCAAACCUCGUCCAUUUCUCUGACUCCUUCUUCUGCCAGAUCGCUGUAACGACCAGGAUACUUUGUCCUCUUACCGUAUUGGAGAUACCUGGACCAAAACAGACGCCCAAGGACACCUGCUUCAGUGUCUCUGCACAGGGAACGGCCGAGGGGAAUGGAAGUGUGAGAGACAUGCUUCUCUUCACACAACUGGCCUGGGUGAGAAAUGAUAAAAUCCCCGUCGCUCGUUCUGUCUGUGAGGAGAGAAAAACGUUUACCAGAGACAGAUGUGGUGCGGGGGGAGAGAUAAGAAGUGCCAAGUGUCCGAGUGUUGAAGUGAGAAAAAGCUUUCAUGAUUAUGACUUUACGUAAUGGAGCCUAGCAACAGGGAAAUAAAGAGGGAGCAAUGAAUCAUGGGAAGUUUGUGAGACGUUUUCCUUUUGUUGCACAGAGAAAGUAAAGUGAACUAGAUGGAAAACUUAAAGUUCAUGAAAUAAAGUUCCUUUUGUUUAUUAAAUAUCUAUUAAAUAUCCAAGUUUAAAAAAAGAUUUGGUGUAAGGAUCGUUCUUUCUUUAUCAUAACUAUGUUUCAUUUGACUGAUCAUUUCAUUCCAGGCACCGGUUCUCGAGUUAUCACCAACAUCCAGCCCGCUGUCUACCAGCCCGCCACGGUGUCUGAGUCUCCUCAGGACGGACCCUGCAAGACAGAGACAGGACUGUCAUACUUCAUUGGCCAGCGCUGGAUCAGGAACCAGGGGUCCAAGCAGAUGAUCUGUACUUGUCUGGGCAAUGGUGUCAGCUGUGAACAGUUUGGUAAGAGACGAAAACAUGUGUGUGGAAGUGUCUGAGAUCAUGGGCUCUUGGUCAUCCUCCUGCUGUCUCCAAACAGACGGACCAGCUCCAGUGUACGGAGGAAACUCAGGAGGGCAGCCCUGUGUGUUUCCCUUUGUGUACAAGGGGAAGACCUACCACUCCUGUACCUCAGACGGACGGGCUGAUGGACAGCUGUGGUGCUCCACCUCUUCUGACUUUGAGAAGGACCAGAAAUAUUCCUUCUGUACUGAGAAGAACGGUGAGCUGAUACUGCAAAUGUGAUCAAACUGGAGAAGUGUGCAGAAACUUUGAAAAGAUGAAACCAUUUAUUUCUUUGUGACAAACUGAGAAAAGAUCAUAAACCUGAAAAUGUUGUCAGCUGAUGAACGAUUUCAUCUACAGUCUCUGCAGUUUCUGCUCUCUGUUGGAUAAACAUUUGCUCUUUUUAAGAUAAUUCUUUAUUCAUCCCAUGGUGAGGAAAUUUGCCGUGUUAGAGCAGCGAAGGAUAAGCACAGCAAACAUAAGAGAACAAGUUCACCUUCUCUACCCUCACAGCUAAUUUGAGGCCUUAAAAAGUCUGAGACACGGUUUCAGGUUUGAUAUUUGAGGAUAAAGACGAACAUUAGUUACCGUCUUCAUACAGCAGCUCAGUCUGCACAGAAACAUCAGCCAUGUUUACAUAUUUAUAUGAAAACUGAACUUUCUUUUCAGAGACACACAGUGGACAGUUUGACGGUUUUAAGUACCUGGUCUGUGAACACGAGCGUCUCCUGGUUAUUUGUGAAGACUAAGUCUUGUGUUGCUGUUUGGGCUCCUUCUGUCUUCUGGGAUAUUUUUUCUUUUCUACUUUGGUUUGAGUGUCUGACCUCUCUGACAGAUCAUUACAGGAGGAACCUGUAGUCUCCUAACAAACAAUGAAUCCUGUUUUCAGACAGAGAUUCUCCUGCAGGAUAAAAAUUUCAUUAAACAGGGUUUGAGUUUGUUUUUUUUUUGUUUUCAACAGUAAUUUUAGCGACACGUGGCGGCAACUCUAAUGGUGCUCUGUGCAAGUUCCCCUUCCUCUACAACGGCAGAAACUAUACCGACUGUACUGCAGAUGGACGUAGAGAUGGCAUGAAGUGGUGUGGCACCACCACAAACUAUGAUGGAGAACAUCGUUUUGGCUUCUGUCCCAUGGCGGGUAAGUUUGCUUGUGUGUUUUUGUGUAUCUGUGAUGGAUGGAAGAAAAGGUCUAGGCCCAGAACAUUCUGUUUAAUAUCAAGAACUUCAAAAACUCCAGUUUUCAAACAUUUGUUUACAAGACAGUCGAGUUUCUGGAUAAGGUGAGACUCGAAAUCAUGAAACUACCAAAGGUCAAAGGUUACUUUGAGACAAAUGUGUUCAGAUAUUUUACUAUGUAGUGACAUGAAUUUGUCCAAAACUAUUAUUUCAACCUUGCUAUAGUAUGUCUCAAAAAUGGUAAAGUGUUUAUAUUCUAUUGGACAUGUUUGCACAGAUGCAGAUCAGCCUGAUAGUUAGGGUUAGUUACUGUAAGGAGACUAACAUGAUGAACAGAUGACAGUGUCCCACCCUGACGUAACUAAGACGUGUCUCAGAUCAAUGGGGGACAUUACCGUGAUAACAAAAGAACUCUGGGUAACUUCGUUAGCAUAAAGCUAUUAUCAGAGUGCUGUUAGCCCGGGCGAAUCCUCAGACUAAAUCUCAUUUACAGUUAGCACCUUUCAUCAUUGGCUCGUUCACUUUCAAGUCACUGUGGGGUCGUGUUGUUAAGGUGUCAAUCAGGUCCUCAGGGGUAACAAAAGAGAACAACAGCAGUAAAACAGCAGGGGGUCACUGCCUUUCUGUCUGAGUCCAGGUGAGGAAAUGGUAAUGGUGACACAGUGAUGUUAAAUCAGAGAAAUACAGGAACCCCUGAGAUGAAGAAGAACUUUAUUAACUUUAUUUUAUUUUUCUUCUCCUUUUUUUCCUUUUCUAAAUUUGUUCUUAAUUAUAACAUUUAAGUUCUUAAUAUAAUGAUCUCUAUUAAUAUAAAUGCAUUUUUGCACUAUUUUUGUCUGUGAUGCUGCUGUGACAAAAAACUUUCCCCCAUGGGGGAUCAAUAAAGGAAAAUUCUAUUCUAUUGAUUCAAAUUCAGUAAUUUCAGAGCUAUAAAAAUAUCUUACAAACUUGAGAGGAAAUAACUCCAAUAAAAAAACGGUCUGGUAUGAAGUGAAAAAAUCUCAGCAGAGUUCUUUUAAAAAGUGAGUGAAAUAAAGACUGAAUCGAACCACAGGCCGUUUUACCGAUCUGGAUUCAUUUGUUUUUGUCUUGAACUUGUCGGUUGUAGUUUUUAUGCAGUUUGAAAAUAAGUGAUCCUUUAGAAAAGUUCCUUUGAGAGUUGUUUGAACAUUUAGGUUUUUGUUGUAAACUUAUUAAGUUCACAGUUAAAAAUGGAUCAUGAAGUGUUCUUACUCUACCAGGCUGCAACAUCCUGUUGUUGGAAACAGAUUUGAGAGACCGGUGGUCUUCAGACGGUCUGUGGUAAACCUCAUACAGACUAACCCUGCAGGGGGGGCUCAGAUAUUGACAUUAAUGACUUCACAGGCAUCGUCAAAACAAUGAGGGUACUUAACAUGUUAAUGAUCAUACUUCAACAUCAGUCACAGUCUGGAGCUCCUUCUUCUCUUCUUAGACAGACGGUCAGAUAAGCUUAUCUUCUGUCUGUAAUAGAAGUACGACUGUUUCCAGCUGUGAGACAUAUUCAGAGUUUACAUUCACCGUCCUUACAGAUGAUUCUUCACCUGAAGAACCUUUUAAUGUUGGGGCUGUUUUUCAGAGUUCAUAAAUGUAGAGCAGCUGUUUCAGGUCAAAACAGUUUUAAUCAUUUGGCAUCAUUCGCUCAAAAAUAAAGAAAUUGAAUUGAAAAAGAUAAUUAUUGGUUGGUUGAAACUUGGUUAAGUUGAGGACACAGAUGUACGUCGACAGCUUUUGUAAUUGCAGGGUUUUUCCUGGCUCAAAUUGAGGCAGAGGUGGCACCAUCCUGACCAUGCGCCAUGACGUGCAUGUAUUUGUAAAUUCAACUGACUCACUUUCUUUUACAGGCAACAUACUUUAAGUUAAGAGUUCAAAAAAAGAGUGUGACCAUUAUCAUGUUAAAGCAUUCAUUUAUUAAAACUAUAUACAUACACAAAUCAGCUGGCAACUUUAAAUUGAAAGUACACUUCAUCCACACAUCUCACAACCAGACAGAACAUUUCAGCCUCCUCUCUUUCAUUCUGUAGAACCUCCUCAUGCACUCCUUGUAGUCCAAGGCCUCCUGGUCUGGUCCAUCAACGGCCACCUUACAACAGACAUCCAAGUGCCUCUCCUUCAGUCUGUUCCACAGAGGUGUCUUCACCUUAAACAAAACAAUUCAUCAUGCAUUAAGUAUUUUUGUUUUUAUUCUGAUACAGACAUGAAGAGUGAUAGUGUUUUAAUCAUAUAUUAUAUAUAUGUAUACGCUGCAGUGUCCUCCCUAAAAAAACGACAACCAAUUAUUUCUUAAACUAUCUAAACUAUGUUUUUUUUUUUUUUUUUGUAACUUUAUUAGUUGAAUUUUUUUAGGUACUUUUUAAUAUACUUCUCCUUCUCUUCUGCUGCUUUGUGAAUGGCUGUCACCUCAUGUCUUUUUAAUGUGUCCAGCCUGUAGUUGGUUGAUGGCUGUCUCACUAAGUAGGCAGCAAUUGCCUGCUGUGUUGGGGCACAGUGCUUUUGGCAUAAACAGCAGUGCAUGCCUUCCUCAGUAUGCCUGAGCCAGGUAAAUUGAUUGAGCCACUGCUUGUCAAAGCCACUGGCUCUGUGUUUUUGAGAAGAUCUAGACAGAGGAAUAAAAACCACGUACACGUUGGUUUUGCGUUGUUAUGCUCCUAAUUGGAAACUAAUUAAUUAAUUACCCUCACCUCGCCGACUCGUCCUGUCCUGCAUUCUGACCCUCGCGAUCACCAGUCCCUUGUGAAGUACUUUCAGACCUGACACAAAUGUCCACGUUGUCCCCACCAUGAGUUAUAGCAUUUUAACUGCCUGUUACGUUUUUUCUCUGCUGUGUUUCACCUGGACUCUUGACUUUCCUCCUCGCGAGGUCGCUUUUUAAAGUACUGGCUGAUUUUGCCUGUCAUAUCUGCAACGCUAAAAAAACGGAGGAAACUUUUUUUUUUUAAUAAACACGUCAUGCUUGGAUGCAAAAAAGACAAGCAGUAUUUACCUGUUUGUACCAGCCGCCGGGGAAAAUCAGGACGCCGAUAGCACCAACUAGCGGGAAAAAAAACUUGAAAAAACAUGAUUCGAUCCGUUUCUUCUUCGGUAGAUGCUUCAGGUCUUUCCGGUGCACUGCUGUUGAUAUAGCGCUUCUAUAGUGGCGCAACGCUGCAACUGCAGCUAAAAUACGUUGCUGCUGCAGAGGGACAUCAUACACUCAAUCAACACAGCUGGAGCUUUACGCUGUGUUGAGCGAAAUCAAUCGCUCUGGCUGGGGGCGGCACAAAAUUAGGUGGAGGCGGCCGCCACGCAAUUUUGAACGCAGGAAAAACCCUGUAAUUGGAUUGAAAAAAGACUAAAGAAUGUCUUCGUUAUAAAAAGGAGGAGAUCUCCCUCCAGCUACAGACAGAUGGAAAGAAUGUGUUAAAUCUAACGUGAACCAGCCGUCCAAUCAUUAUUCUGAGGAUGGCCAAGCUCAACACAAAGACGACUUUGAGAGUAUUGAAGGGUAAAAAAUUCACAAGAUCUGCACAAUUCUGAGACCACUUUAAUGUCCAAAAUCUACUAAAAACCAACGGUCAUCAGAGCUGGUUUUAUAAAGUAUUUUAGAAUAAAGAUUUUUAUUUCCCUCACAACCGUCUCUGAAACGGUCUCUAGGUCUGUUUUUUCCUCUUUACCGUUCCGUCAUAUUUUUAACGAUGACUGGUUCUCCUGUUUCUACCAGCCCAAGAGGAAGUAUGCACCAGUACUGAAGGGGUGAUGUAUCGUGUGGGAGACCAGUGGGACAAACGCCAUGAUGUUCUGGGUCACAUGAUGAGAUGCACCUGCGUUGGUAACGGCCGAGGAGAAUGGAGCUGCGCUGCUUACUCUCAGAUUAAAGGUUAGUGACGCGGAGAAACACGGAGAUUAUGUAGUCACAAGAAAGACGACAGAGUGACACGUCAAAGUGGAGUGAUAAUCUCACACACACACACACACACACACACACACACACACACACACACACACACACACACACACACACACACACACACGUGCACAUAUUGACCUGUACUUUAAAACAUCCCUUUAUUCUUGUGUUUGUGUUACAGAUCAGUGUAUUGUGGAUAAUCUGACCUUUGAAGUGAACCAAACCUUCACCAAACAACAUGACGAAGGCUACAUGAUGAACUGCACGUGCUUCGGUCAAGGCCGUGGCCGCUGGAAGUGCGAUGCUAUUGGUCAGUUGAAGUUGUUGCAUGUGUGUCACUUUGUCAGUUUCCUCUUAAACAAACAAAAUUACAUUGAAAUGUCAUUAACUGAACUCUACUGGACUGAAGGUUAAGGGAAUGGUAAAGAGAAAAGAAUCACACCAGAAUAUAAAUACUGUUUGUGUAAUAAUAUUAUAUCAUAUUAUUAAUAUUAAUAAUAUAUCAUAUUAUUAAUAUUAAUAAUAUAUCAUAUUAAUAAUAUAUCAUAUUAUUAAUAUUAAUAAUAAUAUUUGGAGGGAGCAGCGUUUAGAGACGUUCCUAAUGUGUCUGCGUCCACAGACCAGUGCCAGGAGCCAGAGACGAGAGCCUUCUAUCAGAUCGGAGAGUCUUGGGAUAAAACCAUCCAUGGGAUCAUGUACAAGUGCUAUUGCUAUGGCAACGGUGUUGGAGAACUGAGCUGUGAGCCUCAGCAGUCCUACCCUGGUAAGAUUUUCAUGAAUAAUUCUGAGGUUGAAAGAUGAGUUCAUUCUGCUAAUACUGGAUUAUUUGCUGGAUUGACAGGAAACAGAUGUUCCUCUGUUUGUGUUUUAAUGUCUGCAGCAAAGAUGUCGAAGAGUUUGUUUGUUGAGAUUUCUCGUUGCUCAACUUUGAUUUAUUUUUCAGCUCUGAUGGUCAGGGAGGUCAAAAUACUAAAGCUGGGAAAGUAAGAUGAGGAAUUUGGGCCGAAUGUUAACUGAACUGUUAGUGUGGGUCACCCCCCAGAAAUG